CGUCUAUUCCCGGGCAGAACCGUCCGGUGCUUCCAUGGAACCGAGCUCAGAGUGAGCCGAGGCGCCGCCAUGAACGACCGGUACCACCGGGCGGCCCGGGACGGGUACCUGGACGUGCUGAAGGAGGCCGCCCGGAAGGAGCUGAACGCCCCGGACGAGGACGGGAUGACACCGACCUUAUGGGCCGCUUACCACGGAAACCUGGAGGCGCUGCGGCUCAUCGUGAGCAGAGGAGGUGACCCGGACAGAUGUGACAUCUGGGGCAACACGCCGCUCCACCUGGCGGCUGCCAACGGCCACCACAACUGCCUUUCCUUCCUGGUGGCCUUCGGUGCCAACGUGUGGACUCUGGACAACGACUACCACACUCCGCUGGACAUGGCUGCCAGCAAGUCCCACAUGGACUGCGUCCGCUACCUGGACUCCAUCGCCGCCAAGCAGAUCACCCUCAACCCCAAGCUGGUGGGCAAACUGAAGGACCGGGCGUUUCGGGCCGCAGAGCGCCGCAUCAAAGAGUGCGCCAAGCUGCAGAGGAAGCACCGCGAACGCAUGGAGCGGAAGUUCAUGAAGGAGUCGGCGGUUCUCGACAACAUGGACGCCAUGAGCCUCUCCAGCUACAACAGCAGCAGCACGCUGAGCCGCAAGUUCAACACCGUCACCUCCAACAUGCCAUACUCGCAG